AUGAGACUACGAAGCAGCUCUCGGAGCCAUGGAACUUUUAUAUUCUUCUUAAUUUGUUUUGCUAUUAUCGUUCUCUCGUCUCUAAAAGCAAAGAUGUCAGACCAGAUGAUCAUUGUGGUAACCCCCACCUACAAACGAUUGACCAGAAUAGCCGAUAUGAUACGAAUGGCCAACACCUUAUCUCAUGUCAAAAAUCUUCACUGGAUAGUGAUAGAAGACGGAAAUAAGAAAAUACCAGCAGUGGAAAAUAUACUGAAACGAACGAAUCUACCGUACACAUAUUUUCCUUUUAAAACGAUUGAAGGAUAUCCAAAAAGAGGAUGGUAUCAGAGGACGAUGGCUCUGAAAUUCAUUCGAUCCAAUACUUCACAAAUUCUGGGAAAGGAACACAAAGAAGGUGUCGUCUAUUUCGGUGAUGACGAUAAUUCAUAUGAUAUUCGAUUGUUCACGGAAUACAUUAGGAAUGUGAAGACGUUGGGGAUAUGGGCUGUUGGUUUGGUCGGCGGCGGUUAUGUGGAAGCUCCUAAAGUUGUCAACGGAACUGUUCCAGAAUUCAAUGUUGGAUAUCUCCCUUCUCGAACAUUCGCUGUAGACAUGGCCGGAUUCGCUGUGAAUCUGAGAGUCGUCAUGAACUCAACUGCUGUGUUUGGAUUGCAUUGUAAAGAAAGAUAUGCUCCGGAAACAUGUCUUUUGGAGGAUAUGGGAUUAGAAAGGAAAGAUAUUGAACCAUUUGGAUGGGAGGGCGAGAAAGAUCGAGAAAUCCUAGUGUGGCAUACCAAAACAAGCACUCCAAACAUUCCGAAAGCCGAGAAAAACGCCACGAAACCUGCUCCACCACCUGAGACUUAUGGCUAUUUUGUUGAAGUAUAA